AUGGAGGAUGCAGUCGCCAUCCAGGACAACGUGGCCGGGUACACGUGCCUUGCCGUCUUAGACGGGCACGGAGGGCACAAGGCAGCCACACUGGCUCAGUCGCACUUACCAAAGCAGCUGAAUCAGCACCAGUGGCAGACGAGCAACAAGGAGCAGGCCGCGAUUGAUGCCUUCCAUGCAGUGGAAGAGCUCAUGCACGAGGAAUUGGCCGGCGAGGCCAGUAUGUUGCCUUCCGGAACAUCAUCCGGAACUGUCGCAUGCGUCGCACUUUUUCAGGACAAGAAGGUUAUCCUGGUGAAUUUGGGAGACUGCCGUGCGGUUGUCUUUGAGUCAUCGAAGUUAUCCACCAAAACCAAGGACCACUCCCCGGAGAAGAACGAGCUGGAGAAGCAGAGGUUGCACCAGACCGGAGUGAGUGUUGAGUGUGGAUACGUUGAUGGCAAAGUGCAGGUCUCCCGGGCCUUCGGUGACAUCACGGCCCAGACCGGACACAAGAUCCAGGGCCUCAUGUGCACACCGGAGGUCACAGUCGUGGAGGUCAAGGAGACGACUGAGUUUCUCAUCCUGGGCACAGACGGCAUAUGGGAUGGGGUACAAGACCAGACAGCAAUAACCACGGCCAGGAAGGUGCUUCGUGAGACACGGUCUCCAAAAGCGGCAGCGAAAGCAGUCGUGGAAGCUGCCAAGGCGGACAACGCUGCGGUGAUCGUCUUAGCGCUCAACGUCCCAGAGCCGCCCCCUAAAAGGGAUGCGGCUCAGAGCCGCUUCCGGCAGAGCUCCAAGACAGAGUGA